UCGUUGAACAACAACCACAACAACAAUAAAUGGACAUACAAAUGUUUUUUGGAUGAAAAUCAUUUCAUUUCAUUGCGACCAAUUUCAUGCUGAGAAUUAUAUUUAUAUGUUGAUAACGACAAAUACCAGAGAGAGAGAAAGAAAGAAAUAAGAAAAGAAAAAAAAAUUCUGAAUCAUACCACCACCACCACAUCGAACACACCCACUAUAAAAACCUCAAAAAAGAUCUCAUCACAUUCCACUAUCAACACAACGUAAACGACGAAUGAACGAAUUAUCUCAUCUCAAAUCAUCAUCCUUUUUUUUUUCUUUGCUUCAUUCAAGUUUAUCGACAUCUACAGACCAAUGAAAAAAAAACUUUGAUAACAGCCACAUCAUUUUAAAGGAAAAAAAAAGAUCGGAAAUGUUUUGCAACAAAUGAAGAAACGUGGCAAUAAUUGAUUUUUCCAUUCGUCGUUUACCCUUUCAAUACGAUUUUUUUUUUGUUUGAGAAAUAAAUUCAUCUGUUUUAUGUGCGUGCGUCCAUGUUUUGAUCGAUCAAUUUGGAAUAUUAAUCAUCAUCAAUUUUUUUUUAAUUUACUAAUUCAACGUUCCUAUGGAGACCAGUACGGUUUCAAGUGGCAAUCCUGCUUUGAUUAUUUCAACGACAACAACAACUGUCGAUAAUAAAUCACCAUUAAAUAAUUCAUUGGAUACCGGUCAAAUGCGUUCAUCAUCACCAUUUACACCAAAUUCUUUUCCAUUACAUAAGAAUUCAUCAUCAUUGAUGUCUACAUCAUCACCACCAGUAGCGGCAACUGCCGGUUCACCAUUGUUGAUAAAUGAUACAAGAUUAUUAUCACCAAGUAAAGAUCCAUCAUUAUCAAUUGAUGAUCAACAUCAUCAUCAUCAACAAACAUUAUCUGCUUCAUUAAAUGAUGGUACAGAUAGUUGUACCAGUUCAUUAAGUGAUGUUGAAACAUUCAAUGGUAAAAUAGUCUAUAAUCCAGAUGGUUCAGCAUAUAUCAUUGAAGGUCCAGAUUCUGAUGGCAGUGAAGUGGAAGCAGAAAUAAGCCAAGAAGGCAGUAUUAUUGAUGCACGUGGACAUAGUCCAAAUUAUGGUUCAAUUUCAUUUCCACAAAUUGUAUCAGCAUUUCAUAUAUCACGUAGCUCUGUAGCCGAAUUAUAUUCAUCAUUAUGUGGACAACAAACAACAGCAACAAAUAUAUCACCAUCAUCAUCAACAACAACAACAGCAGCAGCAGCAGCAGUGGCAGCAAAAAUCUCAACAACAACAACAACAAUCGCAAAUGAAACAAAAACAACCGAAGUGCCAGUUAUGCACAGUUAUCGAGUGUUUACAUUGCGUAAUAAAAAAACGAAAAACAAAAGUGAUGAUGAUGAUGAUGAUGUGGAUGGUGGCGAUAAUGUUAAUAAUAAUGAUGAUGAUAAUUUUAUUGAAAAUUUCAUUGAACAAGACCAACAAGAAGAUGAUGAUGAUGAAUCAAAAUCUUUAUUGAAACAAAAUGCUGCCACCACAAAUUGUCCUUCAGUCCCGGUCAAGCCAAUAUUAAUGUGUUUCAUUUGUAAAUUAUCAUUCGGUUACACCAAGUCUUUCGUUGCACAUGCCAUUGGAGAAAAUCAUCAUCUUUCAUUGAAUGAUGAUGAAAAACGUUUACUUUCUUCCAAAAAUACAUCGGCAAUAAUACAAUGUGUUGGUAAAGAGAAGGAACCAUUAUUAUCAUUUUUACAGCCAAAAUCAUCAACACCGGCGCCAUUAUUUAGGAAUCAUUCACAUUUGAAUCAAUCACAACAACAGCAACAACAAAUUGAUGCUCAACGAUUGCUUGCCGUACAAAUGGCAGCGGUUGCUUCAGCAUUAUCACGCUCAAAUAAUUUAUCAACAACAUCAACGACAACAACAACAUCAUUGACCACCAAUAAUACAAAUAAUAAUUCAUCAUUAUCCGAUAUUGUGACAAGCUCAUCAUCAUCAUUAUUAAAUAGUCCAAAUAAUAAUCAAUCAUCUGAUCAUCAAUCAAUGAAUAUUGAUGAUACUAAUUCUAUUCACCAGAUAUCAUCACAGUCAAUCGAUGAUGGUGAACAACAACAACAACAGCCACAAACAAAUGUCAACAUUCCUAUUAAUGAUAAUGAUAAUAGUAAAGAUUCUAGCUCGAAAACAAUCGAUACGAUUAUUAAUUUUGAUAAUAAACAUAACAAUAAUAAUUCCAAUGAUGCUGCAUCACAAUUUGCAUCGGAAUUAGCCGAUCUCGCCAAUUUGGAAAAAUUCGCUCAAGCUGCAGCCGUUGCUGCUGCUGCUCAACAACAACAACAACAAAUUGAUCUUCAUUCAAUUGCUGCUGUGAUGGCUGCUGUUGCUGCUUCCAAUAAUAAAGUUUCCGGUCAACAAAAUCGUACACCAUCACCUGGUGGUUCAACGGUGACAAAUAAACUUGUUUCAUCACCAAAAAAUUCAUUAAUCAAUAAUAGUGGUGGUGGAUUACUUGCCGCUGUUACCAGUAAUGAUAAUAAAAGCAUAUCAUCAUUAUUCAAUAAUAGUCAAUCAGAUAAUGGUGUUGGUGGUGAUACAACAGCAACAGCAACAGCCAAUCUAUUAUCAACGGUAAUAAAUAAUCAUAUAACACAACAACGAUCAACAUUAUCAACAACCUCACAAACGAAUCAUCCACCAUUAUUGAUGCAACAUUCACGUAAUUCAUGUAAAACAUUGAAAUGUCCAAAAUGUAAUUGGCAUUAUAAAUAUCAGGAAACAUUAGAGAUACAUAUGAAAGAAAAACAUCCUGAAAAUGAAAUGAAUUGUAUUUAUUGUCUAACUAAUCAACCGCAUCCACGUUUAGCACGUGGUGAAACCUAUACAUGUGGUUAUAAACCAUAUCGUUGUGAUGUUUGUAAUUAUUCAACAACCACUAAAGGAAAUCUUAGUAUUCAUAUGCAAUCAGAUAAACAUAUUAAUAAUGUUCAAGAAUUACAAAAUGGUAAUAUACCUGCUACGGCAACUGAACAUUUAUUGCAAUCACAAGCAUUAGCUGCUGCUGUAGCACAAGCAUCAGCUGCUGCGGCUGUUGUUGCAAAUGCUACAGGUACUACAUCAUCAAUGACAACGACGACUACAUCAUCAUCUACGACAACAAAUUCAUCCGGUUCACCAAUAACGACAACACCAACAUCUAUGUCGAUUGUGGCCGCUCAACAACAACAAGAUGCCAAAAAUCAACAACUUCAAGUAAAAAUGGUAACAAACAAUGCCAGUGGUGGUGGUAGUGGAAAUAUGGUAGCCAAUAAUUUGGUUCAUACACCACCAUCACAAACACCACCAACGACGCCCAAUAAUCAAAAUAGCGGUUCGAGUAAUGGAAAACAAAAAGCAACAUGGCGUUGUGAUGUUUGUAAUUAUGAAACAAAUGUUGCACGUAAUCUUCGUAUUCAUAUGACAAGUGAAAAACAUACACAUAACAUCAUGGUGCUCAAACAGAAUGUCACACAAAUGCAACAACUGAAUGCCAUUCAACAGGCUGGAAUAUUGAGUCCAGAAUUAUUGCAAUUGAAUCCGGGAUUUUUUGCGGCUGCCGCAGCAGCAGCAGCUGCUGCCGGUAUGAACAACAAUGGAACAAAUACAAUCAAUAACAAUAAUGAUGCAUCAAUGCAACCGGAAGUUGCCUUGGCUGAUAUGGCCUAUAAUCAUGCAUUAUUAAUGAUGGCAAGUCAACAACAACAACGAACAAUGGCUGCUUUGAUGCAACAACAACAACAACAACAGCAGCAGCAGCAACAACAAACAAAUGAAUCGAAAUCAAUCAUGCCAAAUGGUUUACAGGCUACAUUCGAUAUGGAACAUACAGAUCCAAAUAUAGCGAAUAUAGCAAAUUCUGUUCCAUUUGAUGAUAAUUGUCAUCUAUAUCAUUGUUGUGUUUGUGGUAAUUUUACAUCCGAUUCAAUUGAUUCAUUGAAUCAACAUAUCCAAUGUGAUCGUACCCGAACACGUGAAGAUGAAGUAUUAAUGUCCAUUGGUGGUAGUUAUAUUUGUAAACUAUGUUCAUAUAAAACAAAUUUAAAGGCAAAUUUCCAACUGCAUUGUAAAACGGAUAAACAUCUACAACGAUUACAACAUGUUAAUCAUAUUAAAGAAGGUGGUAGUUCAGGUGUUAAUGCUGAACAUUUGAAGCUCAAACUUGUACAAAUGUCCAAUCCAAUACAAGUGAUACGUUGUAAUGUUUGUAAUUAUUAUACGAAUUCAAUACAUAAAUUACAAUUACAUAGUGCAAAUCCACGUCAUGAUGUUUAUAGCCGUAUAUUUAAUCAUCUACAAAUCUCAGAGUUUAAUAUCUCAGGAAAUAAUAAUAAUAAAUAUUUUUAUUGUACACUAUGUUCAACGGCAACCACUACUAAAAUUCAACUGAUUCAACAUCUAAAUUCAUUUAAACAUAUUCGUAAUGAAAAUUUACGGCAACUGAAACAUCAGCAACAACAGCAGCAGCAGCAGCAAUCGACCAAUACCAAUUCCACUAGUUUGAUGAAAGAUUCUGAUGAAGAAAUACGUGAAAUGUUUCUCGUCAAAGAAUUACGUCCAGAUGAUAAAAUUAUCUUUGAUAAUAAUAAUGGUAAGUUAGUAAUGAUUUAUACAUUUUGAUUGAUCAAAAAAGAACGGAACCGGAAAUGGAAACAAAUUUAUUGAUCUGUAUAAGAGAAUAAGAGAACCAGCUGUUUUUUUUCCAUAGAAAAAAAAGAACACUCAAUAUGUAAUUA